CUGCCGGACGAUUCAACGCAGUCUAAGUAAUCAUUGAAAGACAACAGUCAAGAUAUGAUCGGAAGUAUUAGCAAAUGGCUUGGUGUGAAAUGCUUAGGGCAGAAAGAAUCAGUCUGCUUGAUGAGCUGUACAUACACUUUGGAUUGAAUCGUACGUUGAAUUUACCUUCCAAUUUAAGUUUGGCAUUUGAGUGAAGAAAGACACCUUGUGUAUCAACCAAGACGUUCAUGCAGAUUCAGGACAUUCAUAAGGAUCACUGCUAGAAUUCCAGGUAUACAAUAAUCUGACUAUGAGACCAUUAAUGUGUGUGCUUUGAUCUUCAAAAUGCCGAAAGGAAGGGAAUUUAUAGUUGUUCCGGUGACAGAUAUUGCACCAGAAACAAAUGACCUUGAUGGUGAAGUUGGCUCCGAACCUGCAGACGAACAUCAUGGCACAUCACUGGGAGCCAAUCACACAUUGUUGGUGGAUGUACCAUUGACGGUAAAUGGUAAUGAUGGGAGUGAGGGUGUCAGAUAUAAUCAGUCCGAUGAUUUGGGCAACCCUAAUGAAAUCAAAACGGAGAUAGCGGGAGGGAAAAAGAUCGCCCAGAUCGUGAUCUCACAUACCGAUGGUUCGAGUACUAUAGCUUAUCGGCGGAAAUCAGCCUUUGAGCAGGAGGAGACAGGUACAGUUGGAACUUACAUUAUAUUACCGGGAGAUGACAAACCCAAGGAGAACCAGCCUCUCACGAGUGAUGAGUCCAACCAUGAUCUCUAUGCGGAUGAAUACCACAAUCGGCCGCGGGUCGGGGCGAUUCUACGAGGGUUCAUCGACUACCAGCCAGGUGAUGUUCCUCUCACGACGACCGAGGAGGAAAACAAAGAGGCAACAAAAGUCAAAGGUGCAAAACUGGGUACACUUCUUGGUGUCUACCUGCCGACCAUCCAGAAUAUCUUUGGUGUCAUUCUCUUCAUCCGUCUGACUUGGGUCGUUGGUGCAGCCGGAACUAUGGAAUCCUUCUUCAUCGUACUCAUAUGCUGCUGUACAACUAUGCUGACUGCUAUCUCAAUGAGUGCUAUAGCCACGAAUGGUGUUGUACCAGGCGGAGGGUCCUACUUUAUGAUAUCUCGCUCACUAGGCCCCGAGUUUGGUGGGGCCGUCGGGAUGCUCUUCUAUCUGGGCACAAGUUUUGCAGCUGCUAUGUACAUCAUUGGAGCCGUGGAGAUAUUACUGAUGUACAUGGCCCCACAGAUCUCCAUAUUUGGUGACGUGACUGUGCCGAUGAACGCAUUCAACAAUUUCCGUGUUUACGGCUCAGUGCUGCUGCUAUUGCUCUUCUUCUGCGUCUUUCUUGGUGUGGGCUUUGUCAGCAAGGUGGCGAUAGUGUCUCUCUCAUGUGUCAUCCUCACCAUCUUAUCCGUGUAUGUGGGAAUCUUCGUGUCUAAUUCUGACACGAGUAUACGCGUGUGUAUGCUUGGAGACCGCCUCCUGACAGAAGCCUCAAUCACCGUGAACGGGACGCGCAUGUGUACAGGGAAUGACACGGGACCAAUCUUCGCAAACUUCUGCCCCGUCAACGAGAAUGGGUCAUUUGGUUGUGAUCCUUACUUCCUUGAACACGAUGUGAAAGAUAUCCCUGGAAUCCCUGGACUUGGAGGAGGUGUCUUUGUGGAUAAUGGCAUGAACAAGUACACACAAGCUGGUGACAUUCCUGGGGAGGACGUGGUGGGAGACCGAUCACGAGGAGAAGUGGUGGCAGACAUCGCCACUUCUUUUACAGUUCUGUUGGCUAUCUUCUUCCCUUCAUGUACAGGUAUCAUGGCUGGAUCUAACCGGUCUGGAGAUCUCAAAGAUGCUCAGAAGUCCAUCCCAAUUGGAACGAUUGCUGCGAUUCUUACCACUUCCUUUGUUUAUUUGUCAUGUGUCUUGUUCUUUGGGGCAACAGUAGAGGGCGCCCUACUUCGAGACAAAUUUGGAGAGAGUAUCGGAGGAGGUCUAAUCGUAGCGAACCUUGCCUGGCCCCACCCGUGGGUCAUCUUGAUUGGAUCAUUCCUCUCCACCGUGGGUGCUGGCUUACAGAGUCUUACUGGUGCACCGAGAUUAUUGCAAGCAAUAGCUAAAGACAAUGUGCUUCCCUUCCUGCACCCAUUCAGUGUGACCACCAAGAAGGGCGAACCCAUUCGUGCCCUUUUGCUCACGGCUUGCAUCACGGAAUUGGGAAUCCUGAUUGCAAGUUUGGAUUACGUUGCUCCAAUCAUUACCAUGUUCUUCCUGAUGUGUUACGGGUUUGUAAACCUUGCGUGUGCCCUGCAGACGUUAUUGAAGAGCCCUGCGUGGAGACCUAGGUUCAGGUUCUAUCACUGGACCCUGUCUCUCAUUGGCCUUGGCUUGUGUAUUGCCCUGAUGUUUAUCUCGAGUUGGUACUAUGCAUUAGCUGCCCUCGUCCUCGCUCUCUGUAUAUACAAAUACAUUGAAUAUAAAGGAGCUGAGCAGGAGUGGGGAGAUGGGAUCCGUGGCCUGGCCAUGUCUGCAGCCAGGUACGCCCUGCUACAGCUGGAAGAAGGCCCGCCUCACACCAAGAACUGGAGACCACAGAUGUUAGUGCUCGCUAAACUCACUGACGAUUUGCAACCGAAACAUAAAAAUAUGUUGGCAUUUGCUUCCCAGUUGAAAGCAGGCAAAGGUCUCAUCUUAGUCUCGUCAAUUCUGAAAGGCAAUAUCCACGAGAAAAAGGCAGACGCCGAAGCUGCCAAGGUGUCCAUGAUGUUGGCCAUGAGCGCGGCCAAGGUGAAAGGCUUUGCUGACAUCCUCGUGGCAGAGGACACCAUACAGGGAAUGAGCAAUAUAAUUCAAGCUGCUGGUCUUGGUGGCCUCAAGCACAAUACUGUGAUGGUUAGUUGGCCAUUUGGCUGGAGACAUAGUGCAGACAUGGGCGAUAUCAAUCAUUUUGUGGAAACAAUACGGGUGACAAGUUCCAACCAGCUCGCGUUGCUGGUCACGAAAGGUAUCGACAUGUUCCCAGAAAACACUGAGCGCAUCAGUGGUACUAUUGAUGUCUGGUGGAUUGUCCAUGAUGGUGGGCUGCUAAUGCUGCUGCCAUUCUUACUCCGCAAACACAAGGUGUGGAGGAACUGCAAGAUGAGGAUCUUCACCGUGGCCCAGAUGGAAGACAACAGCAUCCAGAUGGAGAAAGAUUUACAGAUGUUUCUGUAUCAGCUGAGGUUGGAUGCUGAAGUGGCUGUAGUCGAGAUGACCGAUAGCGAUAUCUCUGCUUACACGUACGAGCGGACGUUAAUGAUGGAACAGAGAACGGCCAUGUUGAGGGAGAUGAAACUCCCCAAGAAGGAGAUGGAGGUUCAACGCAAAUGGGGGAGAAACUUACCAAGGCUCCAACCCCAGAACAUUCUAGACCAGUGCCACACACCUGGCACCUCAGCACAGAGCAUCAAGAUCAACCUGCAGUCAGUUCCUGAGGAGGAGAAGAAGGAUGAGGCAGCAGAGUCACUCUCCCCCAUGAAACCAGAAGAAGCCAAUCAGUUCACAUUCACGCCUGGUGCUUCCAAACUGAGGAAGGAGUUCCUCAAUCUCCAACCGGAUGAGAAGAAUGUGAAGCGUAUGCACACGGCCGUCAAGCUUAAUGAGAAGAUCGUGGAGAGAUCCCAUGAUGCUCAGCUUGUUGUCCUCAAUCUGCCUGGACCGCCCAAGACGAAGAAGGGAGAACAUAACUAUAUGGAGUUCUUGGAGGUUUUAACGGAGGGUCUUGACCGGUGUGUGAUGGUACGCGGAGGAGGACGGGAGGUGAUCACCAUCUACUCGUAACGGCUCGGUGCCACCACUGAGAGAUCGAGGCCAACAGCAAUAACGUGGAUGCAGCAGGUCCUUCUGAGGAUCCACUUAGUCACAAGUCAGAGAAGACUGGACAUUUUUGAAAAUGACUCCAUUUGCACAAUUGAUCAGAAGGAAUUAGUGUCGUUUUUAUUACAAGAAAUAAAGUCAAAUAUAGAUCAUAUUAUUCCAAUAGAUUUCAGUGAAAAGUUAAAUUGGUUCUCAGUAUAGAUUUUCAGUGGAUUUUUCUCUGGUCAGUAUGUUAUGUAAUAAAUGACCUCAAAGCACACUAGUAUACACACAACAACAUUGACAGCCAACAGUUAGAAAAGGUCUUUUGAAAUGUGACUAAUCCCAUAUGAGUGAAUGUUAAUUACCUCUAAUAACAUGCAUUGCUAGCAAAAGGGAUUAUGUGACUUGGUUUAUAGCCUUUGCAUGGAUAAUUCAGUGGAUAUGUUUGAACAUCAAUCAACAGAUGAGGAUACUUGGGCACCAAGGACCACGAGUACAAAUGUCAAUAGAAGAGUCUUGAAUUCUUGGCACUUUUCAUGUUGGAAGGUUUUGGUGCCAAAUCAAUUGGUCAAGUGGUAUAAAGGUGAUAGUUGUGUUAGGGAGACAUAUGUGUUGCCAAUCUGAAUCAUGAGAUUCCUGAUAAGAUCCAUUAUAGUCGGUGCACUCCUGUGCUCGCCUUGAUGCCAUUUUGUACGAAGUGUCCUCCAAGACUUGAUUGUUGAUGAUUUAAAGGGGGCUUGUUAUUCUCAGGGAAGUUUAACAAAUCUAAUGAUUCGGAUUGGUAAACCUUUGGUUUCAGAGGAACCCGUGUUCCUUCUUGCGUUCUCUUGUAUUGAGAGUUACUGUUGAUGAUCAUGUAUGCUUACAAUGAGACUUGUUCAAUUGAAAAACAGAUGAGUCCCCUCAAAUACAGCUGUAUCUGACAGGCUUGUGAAACGUCAGUCAAUUGGCUAAAAUCUUUUUCCCGGCGUUGAUCAGCUCAGUGUUUGUCUGGUCUCCUUGGAUGGAUAAAGAUUCAUUGUGAUACCGGUACGUAAUUCAUGGGAUUUACCACACUCCACAAAGCUGGAAGGAAUAGUUUGUGAAACAAAUAUAGUUUUGUAAUGUUGUUAAAUUUUUAGAUGCUCAAGAUGCUUUUAAAAACCAUGCAGACCCCAAGCCCUUUAGCAUGUUUAAUUGCCUGUCAUUUUAGGCUGCAAUUCAUGUCACACACAUUAUAUCUAGUGACCCAAGGCCCCUGCCUGCUCCUUUCAGCUCUGUCCUGGAUAUUGGGUCUAAUCUCCAGGUAAAAAAUCCACAAGUCACAACUUCCUGAAGAAUCUAACCCCAGGAAAUUCUAGUCUAUCUCUUCAAUAAUUUCAUGUAAGUUCAAAAAUAAAAUUUCUAAAAUUUCAAAAAAUCAAAAUUGCAAAUAUAUGAAAAUGUUUCAAAGAUUCACUUAUUCCAAAAAUUUCAUUUAGUGCAAUUUUGGUAAUUUUUGUAAUUUUGAUAUUUUUGAAUUUUGAGUAGAACAUCUCCCAGUUAAGGUAUGCUUCCAUGCUCCACAAUUGACGUAAUGAAGAUAUUUUUUUACCAUAAUUAUGGGCCGGGCCCAGCCUUGAUGGACCUUAGUACAGUUACUGUGCUUACUCUAUGUAAUGCAUAAAAUGUAUAAAACUACAAAAAGUGGUUGUGAUAUAGUUUGAACUUUUCUAGAUUUAUGCAGAUUUGUAGUUAAGACCGUGUAUAUAAAGUUAAGAUAGUUUGGUAUUGUCUUCACAUAUGCCAUGUUGUUUAAGGUUUAUCUUCACAUCAGGGUUUCACAUCACCAGCUUUAUGUGUGAUAUAUGGCAUGAAACCCAAUCUGAAGUUUGGCCUUUCGUGUUGCCCUUUUUUACUUUGUUAGCUUUUAUAGCUUCAAUGUUUAUAAAAAAAAAAUGUUUAGUUUGUACCAGAGAAUUUUUGGGGGGGGAAUAUAUAUCUGUUUCAAAUUGAGAUUAUAGUUUUGAUAGUGAGUGUGAUGAGUUGUCUCCCAUGACAAUGAACCCACAAUAAGGCACACGAGGCUCGCUAACAUAAAGUGCCCCCGACAAUUAGUCAGUUUACAGUAUAGUUCUGUGCCAUAGUAUCAAAUAUGUAAAGAAAUGAGUUUUUUAUCAUCCAGAAAUCUUUUAGUUGCACGCUGUAAAAUGUGAAACGAUCACACUUGUUUCAUUUGUCAGAGGGUCUUUAAGCCCUCCUGCUCACUUUUGGAUGUGUUGUCACAACAUACUGUCGACCUUUUUCCAGCACCAGAAAUUCUCAAAAACCAAGGACUUCACCGUUUGCUUCAUGUAAACUUAUCAUUUAAAUGUAUCUGUAAGAGUGCACUGUCAUCAUUUAGGGAGAUUUGAAGUCUUCACACAGAUGUGUACAUAUCAAAUGGGCUUUUAACAUGCCAAUAACUUUUCACUGUGAACUGUUUGUCAGACUAUUCAUAUUUGGCAGGAAACUCCAAAAAAGUGCAUAACUUGGACGUGUGAGUCUUCAGUCACCUCUGUCCUCUAAGGUCUGACGAGUUCUCCCAUAUCAGGAGGUUGAUUGGACUUUCUCUGCUUCCAUACUCAGUAGACCAACCAAGUGAUCAACAGAGUAUUGCACCAUAUCUUUCACUGUAACUCACCAAACUACUGAAUUCUAACUUAUUAUUUUGUGUACUCAUAGAAUGACCUGUCUGUCUUGACCAUUAUAAUGCCUGUCGUUAAAUGUCUGUUAGGGCAAAUUUGGGUUGAAUGUAUAUUGUGAUCAAAACACAUUGAUCAUUAAAAGGGGUCAAAUUGAUGGAUUCCAGUUGACUAAUAGGUAGCAGCACCUCAAUAAUUUGUAGAUAAUUUUGCCGUUCUAAUUCUCUCCAUUAUUUCUGUAUUCGUUCUAUUGUUAGCAGUCUGACAUGUUUAAAGAGGUCAUUAUUUCAUCAAUAAAAACCCAACAAGUAUUACAACAAGAGGUGCAUGUGGAAACUUUUUAUGUUUAUUUUGAUACCGCUGUAUAUCGCGAUCAGUUUGUGGUCUUCCAUGUAGAAGUUUUGUGAGUUGUGAUUUCAACAAUCUUAAAGAAUUGCACCGUGUGCUUGCUUAUGUAUAGAAAUUAGAAUGCUUCACACAAUUCUGUGAAUCUCCAAGAUCCAAGAGUCUCACAACGUUUUUAAAUAUUUCAAUCAAUUGUCAGACGAAACUUCUGACGCUAUACUGUCAAAAUGUUUGAUUAGCUUUACAUGUAUGAUUUUCUUGUUAAUCAAAAUGUUUAUCUUUGUAGUUUAUAGUUUAAAAAUGUUCUGAGAUUCAAAAUCUCAAAAGAAAAUGUUAAUUAGGGACCACUGCAUGAAUUAAAAAAUAGAAUUAUAAAUUGGGCCAAGUCCCUCCCCCAUCACUACAAUUCAAGCAGCCAUUGUGUUCUUUGAUUGAAAAUGUGUAUAAAUUUGGCUGACUUUGGCAUUGUCUUGGAAUAGAGAAAUGUUAAGAUUUGUUUUGUUCAUUGGUGUUUUCUGAAAACAUUUCUCUGAUAUCAGUUGAGCUUUGAAUCGUCACACUUGUUAAGAGUUUCCCCUUGAAGAGUAAGCCGGGUAAGUUGGGUGGUUUUUAUUCAGUUCAUCAUUGAUUCGACCUGAGGCCUGCCUCCACAUGGUGAUCAAGAGGAAAUAAUGUCUGAACAGUGACUUUAAUUGAAACUAUAGUUUGAUACAGUGACAGUGUUUUCAAAACUAUGCCAAAGAUACAUUUUCACAAAAAUCAUAUUUCCUGGUUCACCCACCAUGCUUGUGAUGCAUGUGUAUUGCUGGCAGAGCCACCUAGUGGAAUGCUUGGUUCUCUAUUCGAUGAAAAUAAAUAAAAUU